UUUUCUUAUUUCAUCGCUUCUCCGUUCUUCUUCACACUUAAACCUGAAAAGGCUCUCACCACCACGAACCUACAGGUGAUCGUUCACCACCACCGCCUUUAAUCGCUACUUCCACCGCAUUACUCGACUGAAGGUUUACCAACGCUCCUCUAAAGCUCUCUCAAAGCGUCAAUCCCCGUCAUGCAUCGAUGAUUCCUAGACCGCUCACUCCAACAUGUUGCUUUUAUCUCUGCUCCAAAUUCCAUUCAAACUUAGAUCAUCUUGCUCUUGCCGAUGGUUCCCGCUGCUCAACUCUCAUUUGGAACAUCGAUUCCACCACUAAACCUCCGAUUCACACUGUUGAUGGAGUAUGUUUGAUCCGACAACUGUUCAUCGUCUUAACCGAUUCACCGCCUCAAAACGCUCUUCGUAUGCCUCUGACUCUAUUUGCUUUAGAUUCCAUUCGAUGUCGGCAUCGACGGGAGUCGGUUGAUUCAUCUUUUAUUUUGCAUCCCCGUUUGGUGUCUGGUUUGCCCUAAUCUUCUUUUGUUUUGACUUUCGAGUGGAAAAGAAUGAGCGAGGUGCUGAGGUUGGUCGCGACCGAUAGGGAAGCACGAAGAAGCAAUGUCACCGAAUCCCAGCACAAUCCGAGUCACCAGCCUGCCCAGUUUCAGAUCUCUUUUAACAACUGGAAAGACUUUCGUAAACGUAAGAAAACAGAGCGAAAAUGGUUCCUAAUAAGCAACGUGAAGGAGCAAUAGUUCCCGAGGAAAUGAAGGGUUCAAAUGAGCAAGAACAAGGAGAGGGGCAGGUAGGGGUAGAUCAGUCAAUGCCUGGCUUCAAGAACUUUCUUUGGCAUGGUGGUUCUGCUUAUGAUGCUUGGUUCAGUUGUGUCUCAAACCAGGCAGCACAAGUGUUGUUGAACUCCCAUACUCUUUCUCUCAAUUGGGUAUGCUUUCAGGAGUCAUCUUUGAAGUCUUUUAUGGACUCCUUGGAAGCUGGACUGCUUAUCUCAUCAGUGUUCUCUAUGUCCAGUAUAGAGCCAAAAACAAGAAAGAGAAUGUCAACUUCUAAGAACCAUGCUAUUCAGUUCUUAGAGUGUGGGAUGGGCUUCGAUUUCAAGCAAAUCGUGUGUGAGCAAAUCCGAAAGGAGCGAAUCUAACGGUAUAAGUAUGUGUUUUUUUGUGCGGUUAAGAUAGAGCAAACUUUUUUCUGAAGCAGAUUUUGUUUAUCUUGUGUUAUCAAUUCUUUCUGUCUACUUGAUGUUUGUAUAUUUGUCUCUUUUUUUUCUUCAAAAAGAAAAGGUUUUGAGUUUGA